AUGCACUAUCGACAGUCUAGUUUAGUUCAUUGAUAACAUCGCUAGUUCCGCAAAUCUAUCGCGACGAUCGCAGUGUAAUAGUUUCAUAAUGAUCCUAAAGAUUAUAAUCGUUCCAUUUGCCAUGCUGGCAGUUGUCACUGCUAGGCAUUCAUACCAAGGAUAUAAAGUUUAUGAAGUGCAACAGAAAACACGCGAACAAGCCAAUUUCCUCUACGAACUGGAACAAUCCAAUUCAAAUCUCGAUUUCUGGCAUUUGAGCAAGCGGCUAAACGACAAAGCACAAGUACUGGUCCCACCGAAGGAACAACGUACGUUUGUUGCUGAUCUAAUGAAAAAUGGUUUUCAGUACAGUGUACUAGUACAUGAUGUUGAAAAUACCAUUGACGACUACUCAGCAAGUGUAGCAUCCCGUAAGCCUGUUUCUGCGGAGGAUAGAAUUUUGCACGGCUAUUUGCGCCACUCCGAUGUUAAUCAGUACCUGGAUGAGCUCGCCUCCAAAUUUCCAGCGAAAGUUAAGGUAGAGCAAAUUGCAACAUCGUACGAAGGUCGUCCGCUGAAAACGAUUACCAUUAAUGACAAACGCAAUAAUUCCGUCAUCUUUCUGGAUGCUGGAAUACAUGCGCGGGAAUGGAUCGCUCCUGCUACUGCUUUGUACGCGAUCAACCAGCUUGUUGAAAAUGCCAAUGAGAACGCUGAUAUCCUGUCGAACCUUACUUGGGUCAUUCUUCCGGUUGUAAACCCCGAUGGCUACGAAUACAGCCACCAAAUGGAGCGUUUCUGGCGCAAGACUCGUAAACCAGCUGGUAAAUGUAUUGGAACAGAUGGCAACCGAAACUUCGAUUUUCACUGGGGAGAAGUGGGUGCCUCGUCAUCUGCUUGCUCGGAAACAUAUAAAGGAGAUGCUCCAUUUUCGGAACCUGAAACACGAGCUGUCAGGGAUGAAAUCAGCAAGCUGAAAGGUCAAUGCAAAUUUUAUCUGUCAUUGCACUCGUACGGAAACUACCUGCUUUAUCCAUGGGGAUAUACUAGCGAUCUGCCCGAUACCUGGCGGGACAUCGAUGAGGUAGCUCAAGCUGGUGCGGCUGCCAUCGAACAGGCCACGGGAACAAAAUACACAGUCGGCAGUUCAACCAACGAGCUGUACGCAGCUGCCGGAGGUAGUGAUGAUUGGGCUUUUGCAAAGGCUGAUGUUCCAGUUGCGAUCGUGAUGGAGCUGCCAGGUGGUGGCUUUGGUGGUUUCAACCCGCCGGCUUCAUCCAUAGAGACGAGCGUCAAGGAAAGCUGGGUGGGUAUUAGGGCAAUGGCACGGAAAGUGGCCCAGAAAUAUUGAAUAAAAUAGUUUGUCCAAGAGUAGUUCCGAUCAUUAUGGGACAGUUGGAUCUAGUGAA